AAACCGAAUGGCUGUUUAAACAGAAACUCACAUGUAGUUCACACGUAAGCGGGGGAUGGAAAGCGGAGUUUGUUUAAUGCCUACAUUUAUUUAUGGCUAGCAAGAAAAGAGAAACGAUGUUAAGCAGCGCUCAUAAAAUAAGCCUAACUCUGAGUGUAACGACUUAUAUAACGCCCAAACCAAAGUAAUAAACCAGAAGUGUUACCAUGAUGUUAACGUGCUGCCGGAGAAGCACCUUCCUCUUAAACCGUGAAGGGCUACGACUGGGAUUUAGAUGUGCUUCCUCAGCCAGCAGCGCCGCUGAACCCGCUGACACCGUCUUCGCUCUGUCCUCGGGGCAGGGACGGUGUGGAGUGGCAGUGGUGCGGGUCAGCGGACCAGCGGCAGCCGGGGCUCUUCGCAGUGUGGCCGGCUUGAGCUGCGGGCUCCCCGCCCCUCGCACUGCCCUUCUGCGUAGCAUCGUUCACCCUCAGUCCAAGGAGGUGCUGGACCGCGGACUGGUACUGUGGUUUCCAGGCCCUCACAGCUUCACUGGAGAGGACAUUGCAGAGUUUCACAUACAUGGUGGACCUGCUGUCAUUACUGGCGUCUUGCAAGCCCUUGGAAGUCUGCCUGGGCUGCGGCCUGCAGAGGCAGGGGAGUUUACCCGACGGGCUUUCCAUGCUGGGAAGUUGGACCUGACUGAAGUGGAGGGGUUGGGGGACCUUAUUCACGCUGAGACAGAAGCUCAAAGGAGGCAAGCGCUCCGGCAGAUGGCGGGGGACCUGGGACGCCUCUAUAAUGGUUGGAGUGAGCAACUUAAGCGAUGCUUGGCGCACGUGGAAGCCUUCAUUGACUUCAGCGAGGGUGACCUCAUAGAGGAUGGAGUCUUAAAUCAAGUGGACAUAGCUGUACCCCAGCUGCAGAUGGAAAUAGAGAAGCAUCUGUGUGAUGAGAGGAAGGGGGAGCGACUCCGCAGUGGAGUGCAAGUGGUCAUAGCAGGAUCCACCAACGCCGGCAAGAGCAGCCUUUUCAAUAUACUGUGCCAGCGUCCCGCUGCCAUCGUAUCUUCCAUAGCAGGAACGACCAGAGACGUUGUGGAGACUUCUCUCGACAUCGGGGGCUUUCCUGUCCUGUUGAGUGACACAGCGGGCCUGAGGGACACGGGCGACUGCGUGGAACGAGAGGGUGUCCGCCGCGCCCGGCAGAUGGUGGAGCUGGCAGACUUGACGCUGGUGCUGGUUGACUCAAUGCAGCUUCCUCAAGAGCCUCAGAUGGUUUCCGGUUUCCUGAGUGAAUACCUGAAGAACGUGCUGCCCAGUGCAAAGGACCAUGAGCAGCGCUGUGUUCUGAUCCUUAACAAAAGUGAUCUCCUCCCUAAAGAACACAUUAGUAUGAUCCAGAACAUUCUCACACAGACAUCUGAUAUGGCUCCGGUCAGCAUUUUGUCAUGCCAUAGCAGAGAAGGGCUGGACAGUUUCCUCACAUUAUUGCAGGACAGACUAAAGACGCUGUGUGGAGACCCGUUGGCUGGCAGCCCAAGUCUGACUCAGACUCGCCAUCGAGCUCACCUGCAGAAGUGCGUGGAUGCCUUGAAUCAGUAUUAUCAGUACAGGGAUAUAGACCUGGCGCUGGCAGCAGAGGGACUGCGCUUAGGCCUCAGCAGCUUGGGUAGGAUCACUGGCAAGGUGGGGGCUGAGGACAUCCUGGAUGUGAUUUUUAGAGACUUUUGCAUCGGGAAAUAAUGAUGGUUUGAUGCAUUUUGAUAUAUUUUCUCAUGUUUGUGCAUUAUUUAAGUGUACUGUUGUAUGUUACAAAUGAUUUCAUUUAAAGAGGUCAUAUCUUGGAAAACUGCAUUUCCCUUGCUUCUUUCUAAAAAUGUUUGAGGUACUACGUAAACAUUGCUAAAGUUACAAAACAUUCCAUUUCAUUUACGUCCUGGUCCACACAGUCUGUGUGUGUGGAAAUCGAGUUACAUAAACAGCCUGUGAAUCUCUUGUGAAGCGGAAUUCUUUGCUUAGCCAGCUAACUUUAGGUUUACUUGGAUCUAACUCUGGAUUUUCUGUCUCGUGGUGGUGGGCUGCAUCACCAUGGCAGCUUAUACUGCACAUCUUAACUACUCCAGAGUAGGCUAAGUACAGUGACCCUCUGGUCACUUUUUCUUCGUGACAUUUAUGCUGUUAAUCAUGAGAAGAAUUCAGGUUUUUUAGCUGCUGAUGCAAAUCAUACUACAUAGAUAUUAAGAAUGUAAGGCAGUUAAUCUUAAUCCAUUAAGCACCAACAUUAUGGUGACAGUGUUGCCUAUUUUACUGUGAUUAAUGCUUUACUUUCUACAUAUUAACGUAGUGUAUAUACUUUUACAUUUUUUUGAAAAAUGAGCUACUUGACUCUUCCUCAUGUUUCACAUGCAUGGUUGGUUGUCAUGCUUUCAUGUGCAUUUUCAUGUGCUUUCUAUGAGAUUAAUCAUAGAGUUUAGAGACCUGAGUUAACAGAGAAAGUUUUAAACCACUUUCAUAAAACAAAUUAAUUAUAUUUGUGUUUGCUUUAUGAAGCUAAAACUUUGUCAGGAACCCUGUCGUGAUCGUGCUUCGUGAGAGAGACUCCUGUUUCUACUAAAUAGGUAAUUAACUAAUUGUUGUGUUUGAGCUAAUAAAACAAACUCACUGAGCUAACUGGAGCUCCUAACUACUGUACUAGGGGAUAAAAAAAUUGGAACUUGUUGGAUUUGGUUGUUUCUGGUGCAUAAAACCACACAAAUGUUAUUCAGAUGAAAAAUAAAAUGCAAGAGAAAUGGGUAGACUAACAAGGUUAGAUUAUUGACCAGGCUAGUGCCCAGGGAUCUUGGAGGGCCAAUGAUGAAAAUACAAGAAUUGUGUUUUAAAUAUAUAUGAUAUGAUAUGGAGGACUGUGCUUAAUAUGACCAGAGACAUAAACAAGGUUAAAAUAGGCCAAUUUUCAAUUUAGGUUGACUUCACAGUACCUCUCCCCCAACUGUAACUACAUUCUAUAAAUUAACAAACCCAUGUCUUUUCAUUGAAUUUGCAAUAGACCAUGUAUUUUCUUUUAGCAUGUGUCUGUGCUUUUCUCAGAAAGAUAGAUCAAGAUGCUGAAGUUCAGACAUACAUUCAUGUGUGAUUCAUAAGUGAAAAUAAGUACCUUUCCUCUACACAAAACACACUUCUGCACAUUUUAAUACACAGUUACUGUUUACUUGCUGACUAACAUG